AUGUCCGAUGCGGCCGGGCUGGUCAGCAGCGAUGAGGAGGGUCUGCCCUCCGGUGGCGGCAGUGGUCGCCAGCGGAUCCAGCGCGACUACAGCGACUCCCGGCUGGAACGGGUUGCCAGCUAUACGACGACCACGAUGCGACUCAAACCGGAUAAAUGGACCAAAAUGAUGGCCAGCGAUGAGCUGCGGCGAAUUGUCUUGGAAUGGCUUCAUGGCCAUACUCGCGUCCUAGUAAUGACUCUCAGUCCGGGAGGAGAUCUAGUGCCCAGAAGCUGCCUCAGCGACUUGUACUUGCCAUUCUCGGUACUGGCACCACGCGAAUCGGUCCCUUCUAUUGGCCUGCCGCCCCUCGAGGAUGAAGCGAUGGCCACAGCCACAGCCGCCGUGUCCGCUGUUGUGGCGGUCACUCCCGGUGCCCUGCUUGUAACAAUGCCGCCCGCCUCAUCCAGCUUCACGACUCUGGACGGAGUGCCGCGCGGCAAAUGUGCCUAUUUUGUGCGCCGGCACAGUUCCGGUGGAUCUUUAACUGCUUCCAAUUUCCCGGAGAGUGUCCUCUACGGGGACUUUCCCGUGCACAGUAAAAUCGAAACCAUGUCGCUGCUGUUCGAUGAGGUGCUGCAGCCACUCCUGGAGCAGGUUCAGAGUCAGUGGCCGGCUAUUGUUCGGAAGGACCUGCAGGCGCGCAUCAAGGAAGUAAGAAACAUUCUGACCGAGAUUAAGGGCAAAACCAACAAUCGCACAAUUUUAUCGUUAUUAGUUUCGCCAACAAUCGUCGAGGAAGUGUUUGCCCACGUGAGCCAAGGUAACCUGAGACCCGCUCAAGAUCCCAAAUUCCGCAACUUGCUGGAGGAGAUGUUCAUUAACUGGACCACCCAAAUGCACGACAUUGUCGUGGAACGGUCCGAGUGUCAAGCGCUCGGAUCGCUGUCACCUCCCUCCCAGAUCGGUCAUUCUGUAAAGCAUAUCACCUAUGUCUCCUUGCCCGCCCAGGAGAUAGGUUUCUGGACAAACCGGAAGUUGAAUCUGCAGAACAUCUAUGAGCAGCUGCGGGAGUCCACGCACAAGACUCUUGCCCAGAUCCUGGAGAGAAUUGAGUCGGCCUACCAUCAGCCAUAUGCCAAGGCUUUUCGUCAGCUGGUUGCCUCCUGGCUGGAGGCGCAGGACGUAUCCCUCUGGCUGCAGCCGCUGCUUCGUCAGACUGCUGCCUUCAAUUCGGUGCAGUUCAGCAAUGCCCACGAGCUGGUGGCUCCGCUCGUUCACGUGGUCCAUUUGGUUUGGAGCAGUGCUAGGUACUAUCGCAGUACCCAAAGGAUGAGCGUCCUGCUGCGCUGCAUCUGCAAUAUGCUGGUACACCGCGCUGCCGAGGAUCUGGAGUUUCAGCUACUCUUCCAGGGUGACGCCGAUGAGGGCUUGCUUAAGAUUAAUCGCACCACCGAGGUCCUGGAACUCUUUAAACAUCGUAUGUUGGAGUACAAGGAGCGCUACGGCAGCAGCCAGGUCCUGUUGCCCGCCCUGCCUGGAGAAGGGGCAGUGGCCGUAGGCUCUUCAUCCCCGUCACCUGAUGACCAGCAGCAGCUUUGGCGCUUCUGCCACGAGGAUGUCUUUGGCCAGACCCUGGAUGGCUUCUCCGCCCAGCUUGCGGAGCUGCGUCAGGUGUUCGAGGCGGCGGUGCAGUUCCAACAAUUGGAGAAGCUUGAAGUUGGUGGCUUGCGGGGAAAACUUCUUACCGCACACGUCAGGGAGAUCUUUAGCGAGUUCAAGUUGCUCUUCGAGCAAUGGAGCAGCGUUGACAUCGAUUUGACAGCUCCAUUGGCCAGUAAGUGGCGGAGCUUCCGGCGCGAGCAGGCCCUCUUCUUUGGUCGCAUGCAAGUCCUGGAGCAGAAGCUAGCCACCGUGCUCCUUCAGGCUUUCGAGCAGUGCCACAGCUGGACGCACUUGCUUCGACUAGCUUUGAUGUUUGGCUGCCUGCUGCAGCGCGGAGCCGUCCGUCCAGAGCUGGCUCGUGUCCUACCACACAUUCUUGGUAUUUACGACACAGAACUUGUGCAGCUGGAGGAGGGUGUGGGUGAGGUGCUACUGGGCUACGAGAUCCGUGGUCUGGUUGCCGUGCCCAUGGCAAAUAACUUCCCGCCGAUUGCCGGGGCCAUGAUGUGGCUGGAGCAACACAUAAGCCGCUGCAAUGAGUUCAGUGCUAAAGAGUUGAACCAGCUCAUUGAGCAACUACUAAAAGAAAAGUUGGAGCUCCAUACGCUGCCCCGGAAGUGGAAUUCCCUGCAGUCGCGUCGCAAUAUUUUAACCACCAAGCUGAGCAAUCUGCAGAUGAAGAUCUGGACCACUUGGCAGGAGGGCAUAGACAGGCUUAUUGUCCGGGGCUUGGAUGAGUCGGUGCUCUCCCGUUCGCAAGAUAAUAGUCAACUAUACCUCAACUUCUCGCCGAUUCUGUUUACCCUGCUAAAGGAGACCAAGUAUCUGCUUGCCCUGCAGGCUAUUGGCAGCUUGUCCGACGAACUCUUCCAGCUUCCGGAGCCCCUGCUUACUCUCUAUGACCACCGGGAUGCCUAUUGGGAGCGGCGGAUCCGCUUAAUCAAGAUCGGGGAGUUCUACAACGGCAUUCGCUCUGGGGAGUGUGCUGCCGCCGAGCUUCAAUUAAUUGGCCACGAACUGGCCGCCAUCGACCACCAAGUGGGAGUGGCCUGUCAGCAGCUCAGCUGGCGGAAUUACGAUGAUCCGCUGGUGGCCGGUAUCUUUGAACAGAGCCGGGACUUAUACGCCCGCCUGCAGCAGUCGCACGGCAAUCUGGACGCUAUUCUGGCCAGCAUGCGUCGCUGGAGCCGGGAACCGCUGCAUCAGCGCAGCUUAUAUGGCCGGAAUCUGCUGGAUCUUCGCCAUCAGCAGGACCGAGUGCGUCUGCGUCUGCUGCAGUGCGAUGAGACGAAAAUGCUGCUCAACCGCCUGCUUAUAGCCAAUUUCUGUCUGUUCUUCAACUACGAAUCGCAGGAGUUUCAGCUCUAUUCGCGGGAUCUUAGUGUGCAGGAGUUUGUUCGGGAAUUCCCCAAGGAGCAGCGGCGACAGUAUCACAAGUACCUGGCCAGCGUGGACGCCUUGAUCUACCGCGAAGUUCGCCAGGCGAUGAGAAUAAGUUUAGAGUAUUUGUACAAAGAAAUGACAGCAACGGCAACUCCAGCGCCAGCGCAGCAAACAGAGGACUCAAGUCUGGCAAGGGUAGUCCUACAGCAAAUCACAACGCCACAGGCGACAACAACAUCGGCAACAGGAGCAACACUAGCGGCACCAGGAGGAGGAGCAGCGGCAGGAGGUGGUGCUGUCAACGAUGCUCCGCUGUUCGAAGUAAAAUUGGAGCUGACGGAAACGGAAAUACGCUUUUCGCCCGCCUUUGAUGCAAGUGUGGAAAAUAACUUUCAACAAAUUGUGGAGCAGCUGUUGCUCGAUAUAAAACAGACAUGCGACUGCAUGCCAAGAAUUGUGGCUGACAGUGCCCUGUCAGAGGAUGAUGAAGACGACGAGGACGACACGGCGAAGGAGUACGAUCCGGAUCAGGAGCAGGGGCAGGCACUUGAGCCGGAGCAGGAGCACGAGCCGGAGGAGUACCCAAAGCCGCAGGCCGUGCAGUUUAACCUACUGGCAGCUGCCAAGGAGUAUAGCCAAAAAAUGGAAUGCACUGUCGAUGGCCUGGAAAUGCUGGAGAAGGCGAUACGCGAUGCCCUGGCGGAUACGGUUGAAGCGGCAUCGGCUUUUGCUGCCAAAUUCCACGCCUAUGCGUUCCUGUGGACCCAACAGAGCGGCGACGUUCUAGCCGCCUGCAUGGAGAGGGCCAGAGAGCAGACGAUACAUGCCAGCGGUGGCAGCUACGCCAUCAUGGAGACGUUCAAGAAAGAGAUCGAGAACUACAACGAAGUGCACGACGCGAUUGACCAGACCGAGAACAGGGAAUGCAUCAAUGGAUGGCUGGCCCUGGACCUCAAGCCCCUGAAGUUCGGCCUGCUCAACCUGGCCUGUAAGUGGUCGCAUUUGUGUAAGAAGUGGCUGCUGCGCUACGUCCAAGGCACGCUCAAGGAACUAACUGCCUUCAUAGCCCGCGGUCAUGAGACCUUACGGCUUCACAUUGCCAGGACCGAUUUCCGUGCCCUGCUUCGCGUGCUUGCCAUCAUGGCGGAGAUCCGGCGGCGAGAGCCCUACGCAGACAACGUCUUCAAGCCGCUAAAAGAGAUCAUGGGUCUGCUAAAGACCUACAACGUGGAGUUCGAGCCCCAGCUACUGCGCAGCAUCGAGCAUCUGCCGCAGCUGUGGCAGCAACUGAAACAGUGCAGCACGGUGAAGCAGGAGGCGCUCCAGGACACGCGCUUUCACCAGCAGCAGCGUGUGACGGCCCUCAUUGCCCUGCACACAUGCCACCUGCAUCACUAUGCCCGCCAGUUCCAAAAGAUGCCAUUCUUUCGGGUGCCCUGCUCGGAUGUCUACGAAGCCUGCGACGAGGUCUAUGUACGUCUCCACCGUUUCAGUCGCCAGCAGCGCCUUUACUCUCGCUGGGCACGCCUCCUUGACAUAACGCCUCCCGAUUCCGCCACCCUGCAGCUGUGCAUGGUGGAGCUGCGUCGAGUCAAGCAACUGUGGGACUUUGUGCGCGUCAUCGAGUCGUGCAUCGUGGACUGGCACGCCACGCCGUGGCUGCUCAUCGACACCGACGACAUGGAGCACGAGUGCAAGAAGUUCACCCGCGACCUGCGCACCCUGGACAAGUGUAUACGCGAGUGGGCGCCCUAUGUCCAUAUUGUGGGCGUACUCCGCGAGCUGUUAGCCUCGUUGAGGGCCAUCACGGAGCUGCAGAAUCCCGCAAUUACGGAGCGCCACUGGCUGGAGCUGAUGCAGCUGACAAAGCUUACCUACAAAUGCAAUCAAUCCACGAGCUUGGCCCAGCUGCUGACCCUGCAGCUGCAGCAUCACGAAGAGGAUAUCAAGAACACUGUGGACCGUGCCAUCAAAGAGAUGACUGUUACCAAGGUAUUGGACGAGAUCAAGGCCACCUGGGCGCACCUGGAGUUCGAGCUGGAGCAGCAUCACACUCGGCCUAACAUCCAGCUACUGAAGGUGUCCGAAGAGCUCAUUGAGACUCUAGACGACAAUCAAAUGCAGCUGCAGAACAUCUCCACCUCGAAGCAUAUAGAGUAUCUGCUGGACAAGCUCUCCCAUUGGCAGCGCGUUCUGGGAGGCAUCGACACCCUCAUCGUCAACUGGUUCGAGGUGCAGCGCAAGUGGAUUUACCUGGAGUGCAUCUUUAUAGGCUCAGCGGACAUUCGCGCCCAGCUGCCGGCGGAUGCGGCGAAUUUUGAGCGUAUCGACGCGGACUUCACAGAACUGCUAGCCAAGGUCAGUACCAUACGAGUGGUCAUGCAGGUGGUCCUCGGCCACGACGAUGUCCUGGCCCAGUUGCUCCAGCUUCAACAGCGCCUGGCAAUAUGUGAAAAGGCCUUGAACGACUACCUGGAGACCAAGAGGCUGGCCUUCCCCCGCUUCUACUUCAUCUCCGCGGCCGAUCUGCUAGACAUCCUGUCCAAUGGCAACAAUCCCCAGGUGAUCGACCGCCACUUGAUCAAGCUCUUUGACUCGAUACUUCGACUGCAGUACGAGACGAAUACCCCCAACGCGGUGGGCAUGCACUCGAAGGAGAACGAUGAGUAUGUGCCCUUUGUGGCCUGCGAACAGGAUCAGCCUGCCUUUAUUGUGUGCAACGGACGAGUGGAACUCUGGCUGCGAGCCAUUAUCCUGCAGAUGCGGAGCACCCUGCACGAACUGUUCCGCAGGGCGCUGCGGGCCUUCGGGGAGAAACCCCGCGAACUGUGGCUCUACGACUGGCCCGCCCAGGUGGCGCUCUGCUGCAGCCAGAUCAGCUGGACGGCGGACGUGAACAGGUCCUUUAGUUGCAUGGAGGAGGGCUACGAGGGCGUGAUGAAGGAGCUCCACAAGCGCCAGAUUGCCCAGCUAAACGCGCUGAUCAAUCUGCUGCUGGGCGAGCUGUCGCCUGGCGAUCGCCAAAAGAUCAUGACCAUCUGCACCAUCGACGUGCACUCGCGCGACGUUGUGGGCAAGAUCAUAGCCACCAAGGUGGACAAUUCCCUGGCUUUCCAGUGGCAGAGCCAGCUGCGGCAUCGCUGGGACGACGACCAGGCGGGUAGCUCUAGCGGAAGGGCAAGCACGACGAUCAGUUGCGGUGGCGGAGAUGACGACUGCUUUGCCAACAUCUGCGAUGCCGAGUUCCGGUAUGCCUACGAGUAUCUUGGAAAUACCUCACGGCUGGUCAUCACUCCGCUGACAGAUCGCUGCUACAUUACCCUGACCCAGUCGCUGCGAUUGCGGCUGGCCGGUGCAACCGCCGGACCCGCUGGCACAGGCAAAACGGAGACCACCAAGGACCUGGGACGCGCCCUGGGCGUAAUGGUUUAUGUCUUCAACUGUUCGGAGCAAAUGGACUACAAAUCUUGCGGCAACAUUUACAAGGGACUGGCGCAGACGGGAGCCUGGGGCUGCUUUGACGAGUUCAAUCGCAUCUGCGUGGAGGUCCUCUCCGUGGUGGCCGUCCAGGUGAAGACCAUACAGGAGGCGAUAAAGAUGCAUAAAACCCAAUUUAUCUUUAUGGGCGAGCGCAUUUCGCUGGAGCCGUCGGUCGGAAUUUUUAUCACCAUGAAUCCCGGCUACGCCGGUCGCACGGAGCUACCGGAGAACCUGAAGACCCUGUUCCGGCCGUGCGCCAUGAUUGUGCCGGACUUCGCCUUGAUUUGUGAGAUUAUGCUAAUGGCCGAGGGCUUCCAGGACGCCCGUCUGCUGGCCCGCAAAUUUAUCACCCUGUACACGCUGUGCAAGGAGCUGCUGUCCAAGCAGGAUCACUACGACUGGGGCCUGCGGGCCAUCAAAUCGGUUCUGGUGGUGGCUGGCACUCUCAAGCGAGACGACCACAGCCGGCCGGAGGAUCAGGUGUUGAUGCGAGCGCUCCGAGACUUUAACAUACCCAAGAUUGUCACGGAGGACGUGCCCAUAUUUAUGGGUCUGAUUGGGGACCUAUUUCCGGCCUUGGAUGUGCCACGCAAGCGGGUCUUUGAGUUCGAGAAGACCAUCAGGCGGGCGGUGAACGAGAUCAAGCUGCAGCCGGAGGAGGGCUUCCUCAUGAAGGUAGUGCAGCUGCAGGAGCUCCUGGAUGUGCGUCACUCGGUGUUUAUUGUGGGCAAUGCGGGCACGGGCAAGACAAAAAUCUGGCAAACGCUCCGCGAAACCUAUCGCAUCCAAAAGAUGAAGCCCGUCUGCCAUGUGCUCAAUCCCAAGGCUCUCUCCAAUGACGAGUUGUUCGGCAUCGUAAAUCCCACGACCCGGGAGUGGAAGGAUGGCCUGUUUUCCUCCAUUAUGAGGGAGCAGGCCAAUAUGCCGCCGGGGAAUCCCAAGUGGAUAGUUCUGGACGGAGACAUUGAUCCCAUGUGGAUCGAAAGUCUAAAUACGCUGAUGGAUGACAAUAAGAUUCUAACCCUGGCCAGCAACGAGAGGAUCUCGCUGAAGCGUGAGAUGCGCCUGCUCUUUGAAGUGGGACAUCUGAAGGCAGCCACUCCGGCAACAGUCUCCCGGGCGGGCAUUUUGUACAUCAAUCCACAGGAUCUGGGAUGGUCCCCGUACGUGUCCUCGUGGCUGGAGACCCGAGUUGACAUGAUUGAGCGGGGCAUCCUGACCACCCUGUUCGAGAAGUACUUUCCCUGUCUGAUGCAGCGGCAUCGCGACUUUCGCCGCAUCACUCCCAUCACGGACAUGGCCAUGAUUCAAAUGGCCUGCUACCUGCUCGAGUGUCUGCUGGACAGCGACGAGAGCGGCGGCGAUGGAAGAGGUCGGGGCAGUGGAGCUGGGGGAGCAGGAAAUCCACACAGCUUACACCACGGCGAACUGUCGCACGAGGCGAUGAUCACUGCUCUGGAAACCAUCUUCGUGUACGCAACCGUGUGGAGCUUUGGCUCUGCUCUCAGCCAGGAUGUGAUCAUCGACUGGCACCGGGAGUUCCACAAGUGGUGGAUUGGCGAGUUCAAGGACAUCAAGCUUCCCAGCCAAGGCACUAUCUUUGAUUAUCAGCUGAAUGUGCAGACCCUUAAGUUCCAGCCCUGGUCGGAACUAGCCACACAGGAGCAGCUGGAGGGACAAAUCGACGCGGAAACUCCUUUGCAGAACAUUCUCAUUUCCACGGCGGAGACCACUCGGCUGGGCUACUUCCUCCGUCUGCUCAUCGACCGCAACCUGGCCUGCAUGCUCGUUGGCAAUUCCGGUUGCGGCAAGGGUGCCAUAUUCCGUGAGCUGUUCAGCCAGUAUGCCAGCGACCAGGAGCUGCUUGAAGUGGCCGUGACAUCGGUUUCCGUGGCGGACACACACCAGCAACAAUCAAAUCAAACUGCUGCCCAGUCAGGUGUGGGUGUUGUGCGCCGGAAAGCCUCCUCCUCGGCCACUCCCCUGCUGACCACAGUGCAGGCCACACACUUUAACUUCUACACCAGCUCGGAGAUAUUCCAGAAGAUGCUGGACCGGCCGCUGGAGAAGAAGUCCGGCCGCUGCUAUGCACCAAGCGGUCCCAAGCGCCGGCUCAUUUACUUUGUGAACGAUCUUAAUAUGCCGGAGGUGGAUGCCUACGGCACGGUCCAACCUCAUACGAUAAUGCGCCAGUUCAUGGACUACAGGCAGUGGUACGACCGACAGCGGCUGCAACUAAAGGACAUCCGGCACUGUCAGUUUGCAGCCUGCAUGAAUCCGACCGCUGGUUCCUUUACCAUCGAUCCUCGCCUGCAACGGCACUUCUGCGUGUUCUCGGUAGCCUCGCCGAGUGAGGACACCUUGCACCACAUCUAUGGCAGCAUUCUGGGCAGUCACUUGGAGAGCCCUACCCAAGGAUUCAGCAAGGAGAUCCGAUCAAUUGGCAGUCUGCUGGUUCGUGUAGGCAUCGCCCUGCACCGGCGGGUGGAAUACGCCUUUCUGCCGACAGCCCUCAAGUUCCACUACCUGUUCAACCUACGGGAUCUAACGGGCAUCUAUCAGGGUCUGAUGAACAGCAUCGGUGCUCCGGCAGCUAUGGGCGGAGGUGCUUCCGGCUAUGGGGGCACCAUUUGUGGCCGACCCUCGGAGCUGAUGAGGUUUUACGUCCACGAGGCCUUUCGAGUCUAUCAUGAUCGCCUGGUCGAUCCUUAUGACAUUAAGUCGUUCAAGUCAUCCAUUCGGGACAUUUUCAAGAAGGACUUUGAGGACUUUGACGAGGACUUUGUGUUUGCGGAGCCCCUGAUCUACAGUCACUUUGCCCAGUCGCUGGUGGACCAGAAGUACAUGCCCCUCAAGAGCUGGGACUCGCUCUACCAGCUGCUGCUCGAGGCCCAGGGUAGCUACAACGAGGUGGUGGGCUACAUGAAUCUCGUCCUGUUCGAGGAUGCCAUGAUACAUGUGUGCCGGAUCAAUCGCAUCCUGGAAAGUCCACGGGGUAACGCUCUUCUUAUCGGAGUCGGUGGUUCCGGCAAGCAAACCUUGGCCCGGUUGGCGGCCUUUAUCUCCUCGCUCAGUGUCUCCCAGAUCCAGAUCAAGCGAGGAUUUGGUCUGUUUGAUAUGCGGGAGGAAAUCGCCAGCCUUUAUAUGAAGGUGGGCCUAAAGAAUCUGGCCUCGGUUUUUCUCAUCUCCGACGCCCAGAUACCGGACGAAUCCAUCUUGAUGCUCAUCAAUGAUCUGCUGGCCUCGGGAGAAAUUCCGGAGCUCUUUAAUGACGAUCAAUUGGACACCAUCACCAACGGGAUACGGAACGAGGUUAAGCAGAGCGGUACGCUAGACACCAAGGAGAACUGUUGGCGGUACUUCGUGGAGAAGGUGCGCCGGCUGCUAAAGGUGGUGCUUUGCUUUUCGCCGGUGGGCCAAACGCUGCGAGUACGUGCCCGCAAAUUCCCGGCGAUCAUUAGCCGCACGGCCAUUGACUGGUUCCACGAGUGGCCCAAAAGCGCCCUGGAGUCAGUUUCCCAGAAGUUUCUCAACGAAAUCAACGGGAUUCUGGAGCCCGGCCUGGUGCCGCCCAUCGGCUGCUUUAUGGCUUACGUCCAUGGCACCGUGAAUCAGAUAUCGAGAAUUUAUCUGCAGAAUGAAAAACGCUACAACUACACGACCCCGAAAACUUUCCUGGAAUACAUAUUUCUCUACCGCAAACUGCUGGUGGACAAAAACGGCGAGUUCGCGGAGCGCAUCGCCCGGCUGCAGAGCGGCAUGGCCAAGCUGGCGGAGUGCGCCCGUCAGGUGGACACGCUGAAGCACCAACUGGCCAUUCAGGAGGUGCAGCUGGCCGCCAAGAACGCAGCCGCCGACAAGCUGAUUGUGAUUGUGAGUGCUGAGAGCGAGAAGGUAAAGCGAGAGCGACACAUAGCCUCCGAGGAGGAGAAGCGGGUGCGCAUCAUCGAGGAGGAUGUCUCAAUUAAGACCAAGAUGUGUGAGGAAGACCUCCGCCAGGCGGAGCCAGCCUUAGUAGCUGCCCAGGCGGCGCUUAACACACUGAACAAGAAUAACCUCACCGAGCUCAAGUCCUUCGGCUCGCCGCCCAAGGCCGUGAUCAACGUGUGUGCCGCCGUUAUGGUCCUGCUGGCCAUCAACGGAAAGAUUCCCCGGGAUCGUAGCUGGAAGGCGGCGAAACUGAUGAUGGUGCGCGUGGACCAGUUCCUCAAUGAUCUGCUCAACUACAACAAGGAUAACAUCCAUCCCAACAUCAUCGAAACGCUGCAGGAAUACCUCAAGGAUCCCGAGUUCAAUCCCGACAAGGUGGUGCAAAAGUCGGUGGCUGCUGCCGGUCUGUGUGCCUGGGUGAUCAACCUGCACCGCUAUCACCAGGUCUUCCUGAUCGUCGGACCCAAGCAACAGGCUCUCCAGGACUCGCACCAAGAGCUGCUGGAGGCCCGCGAACGGCUGCAGUACCUUAAGGCGAAAAUCAAUAAUUUGGAGGCCAAACUGGCCGAGAUCCAGGCCGAGUUCGAGAACGCGGUGGCGGAGAAGCAGCGCUGCCAGCAGGAGGCGGACAAGACCUCCUUCACCAUCGACCUGGCCCACCGGCUGGUCAACGGGCUGGCCAAUGAGAAUGUGCGCUGGCGGGAGUCCGUCCAGAGCCUGCAGGCCAAGAUUGGAACCCUGCCCGGAGAUAUACUGUUAAUUUCCUCGUUCCUGUCGUACGUGGGAUGCUUCUCGCGCCGCUACCGGGAGGAGCUGCAGCACAAGAUGUGGCUGCCGAACUUUCGCAAAAUCGAUCCGCACAUCCCGCACACCGAGGGCGUCGACACUCUGGCCCUGUUUUCGGAUGACGCCCAGAUAGCCGCGUGGAACAAUGAGGGCCUGCCCAUGGACAGAAUGUCGACGGAGAAUGCCACCAUCCUGCAGUACUCCACGCGGUGGCCGCUGAUGAUUGACCCCCAACUCCAGGGCAUUAAGUGGAUCAAGAACCGCUUUGGCUCUGAUCUGGUAGUGCUGCGUCUGCGGCAACGGGGAUUUCUGGAGGCUCUGGAGAAAAGCAUCUCUCAGGGCGACACCGUGCUGAUCGAACAGAUCGAGGAGACGAUGGACACCGUGCUGGAACCACUGCUUAGCCGGGCGCUGAUCAAGAAGGGGCGAUACCUGCGCAUUGGCGACAAGGAGAUUGAGUUUCAUGCCAACUUCCGGCUCAUACUGCACACCAAACUGCCCAAUCCUCAUUAUAAGCCGGAAAUGCAGGCGCAAACUACCCUGAUCAACUUUACGGUCACGCCGGACGGACUGGAGGAGCAGCUGCUGGCCGAGGUGGUCAAAAUCGAGCGACCAGACCUGGAGCAGAUGAAGACGGAGGUGACGGUGCAGCAAAACAAGUUUAAGAUAUCGCUAAAGGCACUGGAGGACGAGCUCCUAGCUCGGCUGGCCUCCGCAGGAGAGAAUGUGCUGGACGACCAUGCGCUGGUGAUCAAUCUGGAAAAUACAAAGCGCACCGUGGACGAGAUCGAGGCAAAGGUGCGCGAGGCAAGGGUCACCACUUUGCAGAUUGACGACACCCGGAACAUUUAUCGAUCGGCGGCCAAGCGGGCUGCCAUCCUGUACUUUGUGCUCACCGAUCUAAGCCGGAUCAAUCCCAUUUACAAGUUUUCACUGAAGUCCUUCAUGCACGUCUUUCGGCAGGCCAUCGCCCAGGCCGCCGAGUCCAAGGUCUUCGAGCGACGAGUGCUUAACUUGGUAGACUCCAUCACCCUGCAAACAUAUCGCUACACUUUACGCGGGCUUUUCGAGGCGGACAAGCUGACCUUUACCUCGCAUAUGACGCUGCGCAUCCUGAUCGCCGCCGACCAGGUGUCCAAGGACGAGACGGACUUCCUGCUCCGCUAUCCCCACGAUCCAAGCACCCUAUCGCCACUGGACUUUGUGGGCCGCAGCGCCUGGGGCGGCAUCAAGUCGUUGACUUUGAUCGAGCACUUCUACGGCAUUGACAAGGACAUGGAAAACUACACGAAGCGCUGGCGCAAGUUCAUGGGCAGCGAUGCUCCCGAGCGGGAGCAGUUCCCCGGCGAAUGGAAGCACCGUACUCCGCUCCAGAAGCUGUGCAUCAUCCGAGCCUUGCGACCCGAUCGCAUGACCUACGCCAUGCGUCAGUUUGUGGAGCAGACAAUGGGUAAAUCCUAUGCCGAGGUGCAGACGCCACCCUUUGGAGCCAUCUUCCAGGAACUAAAUGCAGCCACGCCGGCCUUUUUCAUCCUCUCGCCCGGAGUGGAUCCCAUCCGGGAUGUGGAGCGCUAUGGGCAACGGCAGGGCUUUCACACGGAGUCCGAUACUCUGGUCAACAUCUCCCUCGGCCAAGGCCAGGAACUGCUGGCCGAACAGGCCAUCCUUCAGGCCUUGGCUUCCGGCCAGCAGUGGGUCAUUCUGCAGAAUAUCCACCUGGUGGUUAACUGGCUGCCCACGCUGGAGAAGCUCAUCGAACGGAUCGUGUUGCAGAGCGAGACGCAGGGCGAAUCCAGCUUCCGACUCUUUAUCAGCGCCGAACCAGCGCCGGAUCCGCAGUACCAUGUGAUUCCGCAGGGCAUUCUGGAGUCUUCACUAAAGGUGGUCAAUGAGCCGCCUUCAGGUAUGGCGGCCAACCUGCAUAAGGCGUGGGACAACUUCUCGCAGGACGCGCUGGAAACGUGCACCCAAGAGGCGGAGUUCAAGUCGAUCCUGUUCGCUCUGUGCUAUUUUCACGCGGUGGCCGGUGAGCGGCGCAAGUUCGGCCCGCAGGGCUGGAACAAGGUGUACCCGUUCAACAUCGGCGACCUGACCAUCUCGGCCAGUGUGCUGCACAACUACCUGGAGGGCAGCAACCGGAUUCCGUGGGAGGAUCUCCGCUACCUUUUCGGCGAGAUCAUGUACGGCGGACACAUCACGGAUGACUGGGACCGCCGUCUGUGCCAGACGUAUCUGGAGGAGCUGCUCCAGCAGGAUCUCAUCGACGGCGACUUUGAGCUGUGUCCAAACUUCCCGGCUCCACCAAAUCUCGACUUCGAGGGCUAUCACUUGUACAUCACGGAGAUGCUGCCCGAGGAGAGUCCCCUUCUGUAUGGACUGCACCCGAAUGCAGAGAUUGGCUUCCUGACCACCGCCUCGGAGCAGCUACUACGCACCAUUUUCGAGCUGCAGCCACGCGAAUCUGAGUUAAGCUCCCAUUGUGGGGCACCUCGGGAAGAGCUCGUGAAGAUCAUGAUCGACGACUUCCUGGAUAAACUGCAGGACGAGUUUAACCUCCAGGCUCUGCUCAAUCGAGUAGAGCGAAAGACGCCCUUCGUCGUGGUUGCCCUGCAGGAAUGCGAGCGGAUGAAUGCCCUCAUCCGAGAGAUCAAGCGUUCCCUGCGAGAACUGAUGCUAGGAUUGCGAGGCGAGCUAACCAUCACCCAGGAAAUGGAGCGCCUGGAUCAUGCCAUCUUCUAUGACCAUGUGCCCGGUGCCUGGGCCAGACUGGCUUAUCCUAGCAUGCUGGGCCUGCAGGCCUGGUUUGCGGACUUGCUGCACCGCAUCAAGGAGCUGGCCGGCUGGCUGAAUGACUUCAAGCUGCCCUGCGCCAUCUGGCUUGGAGGACUCUUCAAUCCGCAAAGCUUCCUGACCGCCAUCAUGCAGGAGAGUGCCCGCAAGCACGACCUGCCGCUGGACAGGAUGCUAAUCAGUUGCGAUGUCACCAAGAAGCAGAAGGACGAUGUCACGCUUCCACCCAUGGAGGGUGCCUUUGUCCACGACCUGUACAUGGACGGAGCCAGCUGGGACUGCCAGCAGAACUCCAUUGUGGCUCUGCGGCCCAAGGAGAUGCUCUGCGCCAUGCCCGUUAUCUACAUCAAGUCCAUUGUUCAGGAAAAGCAGGAGCUGCAGCGCGUCUACGAGUGCCCUUUGUACAAGACAAGGUCUCGUGGCAAUACCUACGUUUGGACCUUUAAUUUGAAGACACGCGAACGUCCAUCGAAAUGGAUUUUAGGCGGAGUAGCACUUCUACUUCAACCAUAA